AUGAUCCCUCUACUCCUCUCCCUGCUCCUGGCUUGGCCUCCAGGGACCGGGGCACAGCAGGACCCACUCAUGCCCUUCAUGGAGCACCUUGAUACAGACGUCAUCCUGAAGUGGGGGUUCAGUGAGGUCCAGGGCACCAUCAUGUUCCAGUUGACCGUAAAGACCACUGGCUGGCUGGGAUUCGGGUUCAGCCCAAAUGGAGGCAUGGCUGCAUCGGAUAUCGUUAUUGGAGGGGUCGGACCUAAUGGCACCUAUUUCAUGGUAUCUAAACGAUUAACCUGUUAUUAUUAACUCAUUUAUAAUCAUUACUAUUAGACACAAGAGAAUCAGUGGUAAUGUAUUCUAGUAGUUGUUGUUCUUUUACUUGCAGGAGUAGCACUAGUUAUAUUGUAGGUAUAGGUCUUAGAAGUAGGCUACUGUAACAGUAAAGUGGUUAUAGUAGUAGCAGUAAUCAUCAUCAUCUAGUCCAGUGUUUCCCAUCUCCAGUCCUCCAGUACCCCCAACAGAACACAUUUUUGUUGUAGCCCUGGACAUCUCACCUGAUUCUACUCAUUAAGGGCUUGAUGAUUAGUUGACAAGUUGAAUUAGGUGUGCUUGUCCGGGGCUACAACAAAAAUGUGUGCUGUUGGGGAUACUGGAGUUGGGAAACACUGAUCUAGUCAUCUGGAGUUGCAGGUGUCUUGAUUUUCAACACCUGCAAACCUUUGGAAGAUGAAAUUACUCUUUAAAGUUACAUGUGAAUGUGUUGCUCCUGCUUAAGUUUCAGAGAAACUCCACAACAUUUUAGUUUAAUAACACAGAACUCUAUUAAGCUUUAUAUGGACUCCAGGUAACAUCAGUAUUUCUGUGUUGUCUCUCUUUUAGGAUUAUCAUGCCACAGGGAACUCAUUUCCCCUGGUGGAUAAGAAACAGAGCUACAACCCUCCUGUCCCUGAUCGAGGAAGACGGUCAAACCACCAUGACCUUCUGGAGGUCCAUCUAUUCUUGUGAUGAGGAAGACUUCCACAUCACCGUGAGUCAAUUGUUUCACACAGAGACACAAACUGUUAACAAGUAAUCUGUACUAAAAGUCUUGAAAGGAUUGAAGAGGAAAAUCAUGUUCCGUUAUCAUGAUGGACUAUUUCUAUUCAUAAAAGGUCAGUUUACAAAUAUCUAAGCAACCUGGUUUUGAGAGUUGUUCCCUUUUUACCUAAAUAAAUGAAUUCUGUAGAACAAACAUAGAGUUAGUUAGUGAUGGUUGGCAAAAAUAUCCUUCCCCAUCUGUUGCCAUGGUAAUAAUGGUAUGGCCUUUAGGCGCUCACACCCCUGGGAAAUAGGAUCUGCUCCUAUGGCCGUUCCCAUGGUUCAGUGCCUAGUUUAAGGUGUGUUAUGUUCCAUUGUUUGGACCAUAAUCUUUUUCCUGGGCUCUGCCCCAGGUUUUUACACUAUAUUGUGGUCUGGCUUUUCAUUGUUGUGCUUCUCUUCUCAUACUCUCACUACAGGCCUCAAUGCAAAGCUCCAGUUUCCUCCUAAUCCCCUGAUUCAUUUCUCUUCUGUUCAGUGUGUUCACUCUAAUGUACCUGCUCUUUGAAAGCACUAUGGAGACCAUCUCUAGUUUACAUCCACCUACUGAUUAUUUUAUUUAGAUCAAUUCAACACAAAUAUUCAGGGGAUUGGAACAAUGGCCUAAACACAGGGAGGCAGGCAAACAUUUUCAAAAGUGAGCAGUUGUAACCCUAAAUGGUUCACAAAAACAUUACAUUUACAUUUACAUUUUAGUCAUUUAGCAGACGCUCUUAUCCAGAGCGACUUACAGUUAGUGAAUACAUUUUUUUUUUUUAUACUGCCCCCCCCCCCCCCCCCCCCGUGGGAAUCAAACCCACAACCCUAGCGUUGCAAACGCCAUGCUCUAUCAACUGAGCUACAUCCCUGCCGGCCAUUCCCUCCCCUACCCUGGACGACGCUGGGCCAAUUGUGCGCCGCCCAUGAGUCUCCCGGUCGCGGCCGGCUGCGACAGAGCCUGGAUUCGAACCAGGAUCUCUAGUGGCACAGUUAGCACUGCGAUGCAGUGCCUUAGACCACUGCGCCACUCAGGAGUCUAAAACAGCAUUAAUAAAGACAAUGGUGUCAUAACAAGUGUCAAAACACCAAUGUCACCACAUUCUGCAGGCCCUACUGAGUGUUUACUGCCUACUAGGCUUUUCCUUCACACGUAGUCCUCACCCUGUGAUUUUUGUUUUUCUGUGCUCUUGUAUGUUUUAUGUAAAUUGAUGUUGUUUUGUUCUAUCCCCCUCUUCUUCUCAUAGGAGAUUCCAGUGAAGCUGAUCUAUGCCUAUGGGACGUCUGAUGACAUAAGGUACCAUGCCAAUAGAAGGGGGACCAAGGAGGUCAACCUGCUCAAGUUCAUGCCCAAAUCCAGCCCCCCAGACAGCAACUAUCUGGACUUCGUUGUGGAGAAUGUAAGAGUGACCUCACAUACAUGUCCUGUAGGGGGAUCAUGCAUUUCCUCUAGAUCAGGCACAGCAGGACUUUUAGUUUGAAGUAAAAUCUUUUACUUUACUCCUGGGGUGGAACAGGUCAAAGAUGAUUGAAUUAAAUUAAUUUGAAUUAAUAUUGUGAUAUUGAAUAUACAGGAGGUAGUAUCUUUAGUCUACAACAUGUGACUGUGGAACAGAAGGGAUUGGCAACACUUAUAGUAUUAAAGUGAUGCUCCAGAACAUUUGUAUAAUUUCGGCCAGUAGUUUUGAAAGUGGCGCUCACGAGCCAAGACGGGUCCCUGUUUUUUGUGUACUACGUCAUCCAUUUUGUAUGCUAUGUUACGUCCUGCAAAUUACUAUGAUUAAUUAUUAUUAUUAUCGUUUUUUAUUUUUUGCAAUUCGUAUGAUAUGUUAUGAAUCCAAUUCAUACAAAAUGUUACAAAUCUGUUGUGCUUAAGAUCACGGACUGCAUCUUUAACACAGUAGUUCCUCUUCCAUUGCAGGUUACUGUCCCUGCUGAACAUACAUAUUACCACUGCAAGAUCAUGAAGGUGCCAAAGCUCAACGGGAAAAAUCAUAUCUAUCGGGUAAAUGACCCCUCUCUCAUUUCAUGGUCUAAUCAUUUUACAAUUACAUCAUAAGUUUGUCAUUAGAGUAAUCUCUUCCCUCUCCCUGCUUCUUCUCUCUAUGCCUCCUUCUCUCUCCCUGUCGGUUUCAGAUUGAGCCGGUGAUUGAGCACCUGGACCUGGUCCACCACAUGCUUCUCUAUGGCUGCCCCUCCUCUGUGAACCAUACCUACGAGCAGAAAUGCUACAUGGGAGUAUCAGGGGAGGACUGCAUCAGAGUGGUGUCUGCCUGGGGGGUGGGAGGAGGGGUGAGAGACUGCCCCCUUCUGGAAACAUUAAUAUAUACACAUGCAUGCAUGAACACACUUUAGUCUGAUCUCUGUCUCUACAUUGUCUUCUAUAUUCUAGGCUUUCGAGCUUCCAGAAAAAGCUGGCAUCCCUAUUGGAGGACAGAAUAAUGAUGAGUUCUACAGGCUGGAAAUUCACUACAACAACCCGGCCCAGGAAGCAGGUAACAUUUCACGAGCUACUAGCUAGUAAUUCAAAUUUUCCAAACCACUAAUAUAGGAUUAACAGGUUUACGCUGCUCCAAUCUUGAUGAUUAGGUGAAUAUUGUGCUAGUCCUUGAAUAGAACAAAGCCUACACACCCUGAAGUUCUCCAGGACUUGGAUUGAACUAAGCGAUCAUCUAAAGCCCUCAUCAUCACGUCUUCUACUCUGUGUCUCCCCCUGCAGGCCGGAGGGAUAGCUCAGGCCUGAGGCUGUACUACACUGCCCAGCUCAGGCAGCAUGACGUGGGUAUCAUGACUACAGGCCUACUUGUGGCCUCUGGCUGGGGCUACGCUAUCCCUCCCAAUGCCACAGCAUUCCACAGCUACGGCCUCUGCAACACAUCACACUUCUCAGACGUACGUUCAGUGCCCUUUGACACUGUAUAAAUUGAAGAAGGGUGGGUUAAUGUUGGUGACAUUGUAGAGCAGAUUGUCGUCUAAAAAAAGGAAAGAGCAAGCUUACUCUUUCCUUUCUGGUAAACUAUGCAUAGCUAUUUGUUCAAAAUGACCCUGCUUUCUGUCUUUCUCCAGAUCCUGCCUGACCCUGUCCCUGACCUCUCUGUUUUCUCCGUGGUGCUGCACACUCAUCUGGCUGGGAGGAAGGUGCGAGCUGGCCACAUCAGGUGAGAGAGAGAGGCAUGGUCCCCCCCACAUUCUGAAAUCGCAUUUUUGUCCCCCCCCAGUUUUAUCAUUGGAAUGUGAUACAAAACAGUGUGUGCUUUGGGACCAUGCGGCGCCUCCGAGCGGUUGGGUAGGCUGUUUGGAGUGUUUAUCUGACUGGAUAAAAAAUGUAUAUAUACAGUACCAGUCAAAAGUUUGGACACACCUACUCAUUCCAGGGUUUUUCUUUAUUUUUACUUUUUUCUACAUUGUAGAAUAAUAGUGAAGACAUCAAAACUAUGAAAUAACACAUAUGGAAUCAUGUGGUAACCAAAAAAUUGUUAAACAAAUCAAAAUAUAUGUUGUAUUUGAGAUUCUUCAAAGUAGCCAUCCUUUGCCUUGAUGACAGCUUUGCACACUCUUGGCAUUCUCUCAACCAGUUUCAUGAGGUAGUCACCUGGAAUGCAUUUCAAUUAACAGGUGUGCCUUGUUAAAAGUUAAUUUGUGGAAUUUCUUUCCUUCUUAAUACGUUUGAGCCAAUCAGUUGUGUUGUGACAAGGUAGGGGUGGUAUACAGAAGAUAGGGCUAUUUGGUAAAACACCAAGUCCAUAUUAUGGCAAGAACAGCUCAAAUAAGCAAAGAGAAAUGACAGUCAUUACUUUAAGACAUGAAGGUCAGUCAAUAUGGAAAAUGUCAAGAACUUUGAACGUUUCUUCAAGUGCAGUCGCAAAAACCAUCAAGCGCUAUGAUGAAACUGGCUCUCAUGAGGACCGCCACAGGAAAGGAAGAACCAGAGUUACCUCUGCUACAGAGGAUAAGUUCAUUAGAGUUACCAGCCUCAGGAAUUGCAGCCCAAAUAAAUGCUUCACAGAGUUCAAGUAACAGACACAUCUCAACAUCAACUGUUCAGAGGAGACUGUGUGAAUCAGACCUUCAUGGUCGAAUUGCUGCAAAGAAACCACUACUAAAGGACACUAAUAAGAAGAAGAGACUUGCUUGGGUCAUGAAACACGAGCAAUGGACAUUAGACCGGUGGAAAUCUGUCCUUUGGUCUGAUGAAUUCAAAUUUGAGAUUUUUGGUUCCAACCGCAGUGUCUUUGUGAGAUGCAGAGUAAGUGAACGGAUGAUCUCUGCAUGUGUGGUUCCCACUGUGAAGCAUGGAGGAGGAGGUGUGAUGGUGUGGGGGUGCUUUGCUGGUGACACUGUCAGUGAUUUAUUUAGAAUUCAAGGCACACUUAACCAGUAUGGCUACCACAGCAUUCUGCAGCGAUACGCCAUCCCAUCUGUUUUGGGCUUAGUGGGACUAUCAUUAGUUUUUCAACAGGACAAUGACCCAACACAACUCCAGGCUGUGUAAGGGCUAUUUGACCAAGAAGGAGAGUGAUGGAGUGCUGCAUCAGAUGACCUGGCCUACACAAUCACCUGACCUCAAUUGAGAUGGUUUGGGAUAAGUCGGACAGUAGAGUGAAGGAAAAGCAGCCAACAAGUGCUCAGCAUAUGUGGGAACUCCUUCAAGACUGUUGGAAAAGCAUUACAGGUGAAGCUGGUUGAGAAAAUGCCAAGAGUGUGCAAAGCUGUCAUCAAGGCAAAGGGUGGCUACUUUGAAGAAUCUCAAAUAUAAAAUAUAUUUUGAUUUGUUUAACACUUUUUUGGUUACUACAUGAUCAAAAGUUUGGGGUCACUUAGAAAUGUCCUUCUUUUCGAAAUAAGCAAUUUUUUUGUCCAUUAGAAGAACAUCAAAUUGAUCAGAAAUGCAGUGUAGACAUUGUUAAUGUUGUAAAUGGCUAUUGUAGCUGGAAACGGCUGAUUUUUAAUGGAAUAUCUACAUAGGCGUACAGAGGCCCAUUAUCAGCAACCAUCAGUCAUGUGUUCCAAUGGCACGUUGUGUUUGCUAAUCCAAGUUUAUCAUUUUAAAAGGCUAAUUGAUCAUUAGAAAACCCUUUAGUAAGUAUGUUAGCACAGCUGAAAACUGUUGUGCUGAUUAAAGAAGCAAUGAAGUUGAGUAUCUGGAGCAUCAGCAAUAAAACUGUCAUUCUUGAGACUAGUUGAGUAUCUGCAGCAUCAGCAAUUGUGGGUUCGAUUACAGAAUCAAAAGGGCCAGAAACAAAUAACUUUCUUCUGAAACUCGUCAGUCUAUUCUUUAUCUGAGAAAUGAAGGCUAUUCCAUGCGAGAAAUUGCCAAGAAACUGAAGAUCUCGUACUACUCCCUUCACAGAACAGCGCAAACUGGCUUUAACCAGAACAAAAAGAGGAGUGGGAGGCCCUGGUGCACAACUGAGCAAGAGGACAAAUACAUUAGAGUGUCUACUUUGAGAAACAGACGCCUCACAGGUCCUCAACUGGCAGCUUCAUUAAAUAGUACCUUCAAAACACCAGUCUCAACAUCAACAGUGAAGAGGCGACUCCGGGAUGCUGACCUUCUAGGCAGAGUUGCAAAGAAAAAGCCAUAUCUCAGACUGGCCAAUAAAAAUAAAAUAUUAAGAUGGGCAAAAGAACACAGACACUGGACAAAGGAAGAUUGGAAAAAAGUGUUAUGGACAGACAAAUCGAAGUUUGAGGUGUUCGGAUCACAAAGAAGAACAUUUGUGAGACGCAGACCAAAUGAAAAGAUGCUGGAGGAGUGCUUGAUGCCAUCUGUCAAGCAUGGUGGAGGCAAUGUGAUGGUCUGGGGGUGCUUUGGUGGUGGUAAAGUGGGAGAUUUGUACAGGGUAAAAGGGAUCUUGAAGAAGGACGGCGCUUGAUUGGAGACAAUUUCCUCCUACAACAGGACAAUGACCCAAAGCACAGCUCCAAACUAGGCAAUAACUAUUUAGGGAAGAAGCAGUCAGCUGGUAUUCUGUCUAUAAUGGAGUGGCCAGCACAGUCACCGGAUCUCAACCCUAUUGAGCUGUUGUGGGAGCAGCUUGACCGUAUGGUAGGUAAGAAGUGCCCAUCAAGCCAAUCCAACUUGUGGGAGGUGCUUCAGGAAGCAUGGGGUGAAAUCUCUUCAGAUUACCUCAACAAAUUGACAACUAGAAUGCCAAAGGUCUGCAAGGCUGUAAUUGCUGCAAAUGGAGGAUUCUUUGACGAAAGCAAAGUUUGAAGGACACAAUUAUUAUUUAAAUUAAAAAUCAUAAUUUCUAACCUUGUCAAUGACUGCAUUUCCUAUGCAUUUUGCUAUAUUUCCUAUUCAAACUCAUUUCAUGUAUGUUUUAAUGGAAAACAAGGACAUUUCUAAGUGACCCCAAACUUUUGAACGGUAGUGUAUAUGUCCUUCCCACUUCUAAAACCAAAGUUGCACCCCUGGAGAGAGGACACCCAAAAAUAUGAUCAUGACAGGGGAUAUUGUCACUCAAUGUCACGAACGUUGACUGAUGACUCGUGGAACCAAGGCACAGCGUGAUAAGCGUACAUUUUAUUUAGUACACAACACACGAACAAAACAACAAAACGAACGAGACGUGAAGUCAUGAGGUUACAACAACACAAACCUUUACGGAACAAGAUCCCACAAACUAACUGGUGCCAACAGGCUGCCUAAGUAUGGUCCCCAAUCAGAGACAACGAGCUACAGCUGCCUCUGAUUGGGAACCACCCUGGCCCACAUAGAUCUAAACGAUCUAGAACAAAAAACAUAGAAAACUAAACAUAGAAAAAUCCACACCCUGGCUCAACAUUUAAGAGUCCCCAGAGCCAGGGCGUGACAGUACCCCCCCCCAAAGGCGCGGACUGCGACCGCGCCACACAAACACAAGAGGGUAGGCACCGGUGGAACAGGCACGGGCCGUGCCGGACUGGACACACGCACCACUAGCUUGGCGCGGGGAGCAGGAACGGGCCGGACCGGGCUGACGACGCGCACCACUGGCUUGGUGCGGGGAGCAGGAACGGGCCGGAUCGGGCUGACGACGCGCACCACAGGCUUGGUGCGGGGAGCAGGAACAGGCCGAACCGGGCUGGCGACGCGCACCACUGGCUUGGUGCGGGGAGCAGGAAAGGGCCGGACCGGGCUGACGACGCGCACCACAGGCUUGGUGCGGGGAGCAGGAACAGGCCGGACUGGGCUGGCGACGCACCACUGGCUUGGUGCGGGGAGCAGGAACAGGCCGGACCGGGCUGGCGACGCGCACCACUGCCUUGGUGCGAGGGACAGGAACAGGCCGGACCGGGCUGGCGACGCGCACCACUGGCUUGGUGCGAGGAACAGGAACAGGCCGGACCGGGCUGGCGACGCGCACCACUGGCUUGGUGCGGGGAGAUGGAACAGGCCGGGCUGGACUGGGAACACGCACCACUGGCUUGGUGCGGGGAGCCGGAACGGGCCGGGCCGGACUGUGGAGGCGGACUGGAGGUCUGGAGCGGAGAGCUGACACAACCCGUCCUGGCUGAAUGCCUAUUUCCACACAAUAUGUGUGAGGCAUCAGCACAGGACGUACAGGGCUGUGCACUCGUACUGGCGCUACAGCACGUGGCACUGGCGCAGGAUAUACGGGACCGAGGAGGCGUACUGGAGGCCACGAGCGUUGAGCCGGCACACCCCGUCCUGGCUGCAUGCCCAUCUUAGCACGACACGUGCGUGGUGCUAGCACCGGACGUACAGGACUGUGCCGGAACACUCGCGGCACAGUACGUGGCUCCGCAUAACACGGAGCCUGCCCAGUCUCACGCUUCCUAGCCUGAGUACAGGGAGUUGGCUCUGCUCUAACUCUAGGCUCCGCCAACCACCCUUUUAGCCCCCCCGAAAAAAAAUCUUGGGGCUGUCUCUCGGGCUUCCUCCUCGGCCGGUACCCUCUGCGAAGCCGCUGCUCCUCUCUGUAGCGUGCCUCCACAGUCUCCUCCCAAGGACGGCGAUCCAUUCCGGCCUGAAUCUCUUCCCAAGUCCAGGAUCCCUUCCCGUCCAGGAUCUCCUCCCAAGUCCAGGCUGUCUGUUCCUGGACACGCUGCUUGGUCCUUUUUGGGUGGGAUCUUCUGUCACGAACGUUGACUGAUGACUCGUGGAACCAAGGCGCAGCGUGAUAAGCGUACAUUUUAUUUAGUACACAACACACGAACAAAACAACAAAACGAACGAUACGUGAAGUCCUGAGGUUACAACAACACAAACCUUUACGGAACAAGAUCCCACAAACUAACUGGUGCCAACAGGCUGCCUAAGUAUGGUCCCCAAUCAGAGACAACGAGCUACAGCUGCCUCUGAUUGGGAACCACCCUGGCCAACAUAGAUCUAAACGAUCUAGAACAAAAAACAUAGAAAACAUAGAAAAAUCCACACCCUGGCUCAACAUUUAAGAGUCCCCAGAGCCAGGGCGUGACACUCAAUCCAUAUGCCAGCCUUUGAUAUGACCAAUACAUGUCUGUAUUUUGACCACCUGUUGGCGUAAAGUGUCAUUGUCAGGAUAAUUAGCGAUAAGCUUUGAUGAUCGUUCUGGAUGGUUCUUCACUCUCAACACCGAUGUGCUCUUGAUUCUACCCUCCGCAGGAAUGGAGAGCAGAUUGACUUCUUGGGCUUGGAUGAGAACUUCAACUUUGAGAUGCAGCAGGCCACCAAUCUGGGAAAUAUUAAGACCAUCAAACCAGUAAGCAACCAUAUACUUCCUGUAUUUCAAAUGGUUGUCAUGGAUGAGUGGUAUUGUUAGUCUUUAGAUCUUUCUUAAGGCAGUAUCUCUUCCCCACUGCAGGGCGAUGAGAUUGUUGUGGAGUGCACCUAUAACACAACCAAUCGCAAAGGAAUCACACAGUUAGGGCUGGCCACCACUGAUGAGAUGUGUCUAGCCUUUGUCUUCUACUACCCAGCCAUCCCUGUCACCAGCUGCUGCAGCCACCCUAACAUGCGUGCAUACAUGGCCAUGAUGGGGAAGACAGUCGACCAGUAAGAGCCUUCACAUUGUCACAGUUUUCACCCACAAAUGUCAAUUUCUAGACUGGUACUGUGUCUGUUUGUUUUAGUGGAUAGUUAUGUGCAUGCAUGACGGUAAGUCGCUUUGGAUAAGCAUCUGUUAAAUGGCAUAUAUUAUAUUAAGUCCACCGGCUGUUACAUGUAAACCAGAAUGACUAUGUGUGUGCCCCACAGAGACAUUGAGGAGAUGUUGAAGACUGCAGCUUGGGACCAGGCGUCUACUGCCGUGCACGAGGUCACAAUGAAGAGGGUCCCUCAGAUUGGGUUCAUCAUAGAUGUCAAUGUAAGCAUCCACUCAAUGAAAAUGUUAAUGCUCAUGCUGUAAUUUCAAAACAUACUCUCCAUCCAUGUCGUGUUUGUUCCUUGCUCCUUCUACAGAGCAACUACACCAUGUAUGAGGGAAACAUCCGCAACAUGACGGCUACCCUUUCAGUGAGUUGCAGGAGUGAUCCAUCCUUACAGGGCCUCAACACCACACAGGCUGGGCCCCUGGAGCCAUUUAACUACAACACGUCCCCCAGAGGAAGCAGUUCCUGGGUCGUGACCUCCGCUGCUGGAAGUGUCUUGCUGAUGCUCUGGAUGACAGUGCUAUAAGAAUCUGUCCAGGCCAAGAUGAGAAAAAACAUCAGCACUUCAACAUAGUCAUUCAAUUUUGCCCUGCUCUGGGUAGGUCCCAGAAUUUUUUUUGUCCAUUCUAUACAUUAUAUUUCUAUUGCUCCCAUUCGUGCUCUAAUAAUUACAAUGAAUUAAUCAAAAUAGCCCAAUGGCUAUGUCUAUUUAGCAUUGAUUGCUCUUUGAUUGCACUAAUCAAGUAUACAUAGGCAAUUGCACAUUAGAUCAACCAAACUUUGAUUUUGAUGAUAGGUCUUUGUUUAUUCAUGGAAAUAAUUAUUAGCCUGGAGCUUCCAUGAUAUUUCUGUAAAAGUAGGUAUAUUCAAUUUUACAACAUAUUUAGUUAAUUUUGUGAUUAGACUGAAAUUGUGAUGAGUGUGAUUAGAUUAAAAUGUGUUUCAUCA